AUGCUAUUCUUCUCGUGGGCUGCCCUCUUGGUAUCUGGCUGGUGUAUUGCUGCUACUGCCGCCGCAGAACUGGAGGCCAGAUAUCAGCACUAUGUUGUCACUGGGACCCAUACUGGAGUCGACCAGGCCACUGGUGCAAGACCUGCUAGACGCAAUAUUCUAGAUCUCCAAGAGGACGCCCCAUCAUGGUCUCUGUACAUCCAGGCACUUGCUGCUAUGCAAAGCCUUCCAGAGAGCGAUUUGCUUUCAUAUUACCAGAUUGCUGGUAUCCAUGGCCGACCUUAUACCUCGUGGGAUAAUGUUGCUCAAGGGAACAAUUCCCCGAUUACUGGCUAUUGUACUCAUGAUUCGGUGUUGUUCCUGACAUGGCAUCGCCCCUAUCUCGCUCUCUACGAACAAGUCCUUGUUGGUCACGUACAGGCAAUUGCUAGCACAUAUGCAACAGCCGGCUCCCAAAUAUGGCAAACUGCAGCAGACAAUUUUCGCGUUCCAUACUGGGAUUGGGCAUCUACCCCUGAAAUGCCAGACGUCGUCAAUGCCCCGACAUUAGCAAUCUUGACUCCUUCUGGAUAUCGGAAUGUGAGCAAUCCAUUGUUGCAGUACAAGUUCCAGAACUUCCCCCUGAGUGAGACCUAUUUUCCAUCCUCAUCGCAGCAAGCCAAUGACUGGUACCUGGCCGCCUACCCUCAGACAGUGAGGACCCCUGAUACAUAUGGCGAUGGUUCGGAUUUUGUUAAAGCAAAUAGCGUCCUGGCAAAUGGAAAUCUCAGGUAUCAAGCAUAUUAUGCACUGACAAAGUCAACGGACUUUGACAACUUUGCCACUCAGAUAGCCUGGGGACCCUCUAUUGAAAAUGUCCACAACUUGGUUCACGUUUCCAUCGGGGGAAGCUGGGGGCAUAUGUCACAGCUUAGCUAUUCGUCCUUUGACCCAAUCUUCUGGCUCCACCAUGUCAAUGUCGACCGCUUCUUCGCUAUCUAUCAGGCAAUGUAUCCGAAUUCAUAUCUUACACCUUUCCCUGAAACCUACGGCACUUACACCCUCCAAGGAGGGGGCAAAAUCAACGAUACCCUCUCCACACCCCUCAAACCAUUCUCUACCGAUACACGAGGGAGUUUCUAUACUUCAAGAGGUUCGCGGUCUCUAAGCACAUUCGGCUACUCUUACCCCGGAAUCGAAGACUGGAAUCACACACCCGAACAACUGCAAGCAAAUGUGACUGCACAUGUAAACGCUCUUUACGGAUCUUCAAACUCGCUCAGUAAAAGGGAUGUCCUUGCACCGCGAGCUGAAGUCACAGAAUGGAGCGUCACUAUCGGCGUUUCUAAAUUUGACCUCGGCGGUCUGCGGUUUAUCAUCCGCAUAUUCCUUGGCGAUAUCCCCGAAAAUCCAUCAGACUGGGCAACGAGCGAUGCUUGUGUGGGUUCUUUUGUCAUGUUGCCGCCGCCGUCUAUAACUGGACCGCUACCUCAGGUUCUGUCGUACAAUGAGAUUGGUUUAACCGAGGCCUUGAAGGCCAGAGGGUAUGAUGGACAGGAUUUGGCUGCGACAAUAAAGUACUUAGAGGAGGGUCUUCAGUGGAGAGUACAGCUGAUCAAUGGCACGGUUGUAUCAACAGAUCAGCUCAAGACUUUGAGCAUCGCGGUUCAGCGGGAAAUCGUAUCUUUGGCAAGCAGUAUCUACGAGCUGCCGACCUAUGGAGAAAAGACUAUACACCCCGGGAUCACCAAAGGGAAAGUUGGUGGGUAUUCGCACGAGGUUUGGAGCCGGUAAGGUGAAGUUAUUGCAAUGUCUGAUUGUGAAUCCCAGGAUAUUGACAUUGGAGCCACAGUGGAGGAAUAGACCAUGAAUGCCAGGAGCAACACCCAGUAGCCCACUGAAGAUAGCCAAGCCAAGAAAUAGACUGGUGACGAAUUAUACAUUCAUUGAUUCUUGUUAUUUAUAUAUGCUUCUUUGUAUACUACCGCAAUAAGGUCUUGGGUAAUGGGGGU